AUGUUAGAUAUAAAAAUCGAACAACGUGUUAACAUUAAAUUUCUUGUUAAAUUAAAAAAAACUACCGCGAAAUCAUUUCGUAUGUUAUGCGAAGUUUAUGUUGAAGAAUGCUUAUCAAGAGCUCGCGUUUUUGAAUGGCACAGACGAUUUUGCAGUGAAAGAGAGGACAUCGAAGACGAUGAUCGUUCUGGACGUCCUACCACAUCUUCAAUAAAAGAAAACGGGUUCCUAGUGGGCAAACUGUCAACCAAUAUUAUUAUAAAGAGGUAUUAA